UUAACAUGCGUGCUGUAUUGAUGUGGACUAUUAGUGACUUUCCCGCAUAUGGCAUGUUAUCGGGUUGGACAACUCAUGGAAGACUGUCGUGUCCAUAUUGUCAAGAUAAUACAGAUGCCUUCCAACUAAGACAUGGCCGGAAAUCAAGUUGGUUUGAUUGUCAUCGUCGUUUUCUAAGACGAAAUCAUCCAUAUCGUCGUAGUAAGACGUUGUUCCGCAAGAACAAGAGUAUCCGUGAUCCACCGCCACCUGAGUAUGAUGGUGAUUAUAUAUUGAAUCAAUUUCGUGAUUUUGAUGUUGACUGUACAUCAUCGGUAGGCGGUAAUGGCCAUGUCCGAAUUGAUGGAUAUGGAGAACAUCAUAAUUGGCAUAAAAAAAGUAUCUUCUGGGAGUUACCGUACUGGACAAAUCAUCUACUCCGCCACUGUCUUGACGUUAUGCAUAUUGAGAAGAAUUUCUUUGACAAUAUAAUUAACACCAUUUUAAAUGUCCCGGGUAAGACUAAAGAUAAUGUCAAAUCCAGAAUGGAUUUACCCGAUAUUUGUGCGCGCGAGGAUCUCCAUUUGCUUGCAGACGGAGUAGGUCCUAUUCCUAUAUGGAGAUUAGAUGCAAGCAAGAAGACCAAGUUUUUUCAGUGGAUAAUUGAUGAUGUUAAAUUUCCUGAUGGCUAUGCAUCAAAUCUAUCAUAUUGUGUUGAUGAUCACAGUGGUAGAUUAGCUGGGAUGAAAAGUCAUGACUGUCACGUCUUUAUGCAGCGUUUACUACCAUUUGCGUUUACACAACUCCUACCAAAUGUUGUCCAUGAAGCAAUUGCAGGGAUAGGUGCAUUUUUUAGAGAUUUGUGUUCAAGAUCUCUAACAGUCGAAGGACUACAUACACUUGAAGAUAAUAUCCCGAUUAUCAUUUGCAAUUUGGAGAAAUUAUUUCCCCCAUCAUUCUUUGAUGUCAUGGAGCACUUGCCUAUCCAUCUACCUCGUGAAGCAGCACUAGGCGGUCCAGUUCAGUACCGGUGGAUGUAUCCUUUUGAGCGUUUUAUGUUCCAUUUGAAGAAAAAAGUUAAAAAUCUUAGCAAAGUUGAGGGAUCAAUAGUAGCUCAAAGCAUAAACGAGGAGACUUCUCAUUUUUCGGCCUACUAUUUUGCUCCAAAUGUCCAAACAAAAGCAAGAAAACCAGGUAGGUACGAUGAUGGGGGUGUGCGGCCUAUUUACCAUACAUCUGUCCCAGAUAUCUUUUCUCAAAUCGGGAGACUGAGUGGGAAGAAAAGAGAAGUAUGGUUUACAGAUCAAGAACAUAGAACUCGAAGAGAUAUGGGAAAAUGCGGAAGACGAAGAGGAUGUCAUACCAUUCGAGAAGUAAGAAACAAUGCUAGUUCAGAUUAUUCUUCCGAUUCUGAGUAA